AUGCUUAGCCUUUCUCUGUCUCCUCUUUCCUUUUCCGCGCUCUAUCUUUCUGUCUUUCUUUUCCAUUGUCAUCCUUUUUCUUUUUCUGCCAUUUUUUACUCUAUCUAUUCUUGCUUCUAUCUUUCUCUCUCUUUGCCUUUGCCUAUCCCUCUCUUUCUCUCUCUCUCUCUCUCUCUGUUUCUCUCUCUCUGUUUUUCAUUGCUCUCCUUUUACUCCGCCUUACUCAUAUUUUCUCUUCUUUUUGUAUAUUUCUCUCUUGUCCGUGUCUGUCAUUCUCUUUCUGAAUUCCGCUCCUUCCUUUGGUUUUUUCUUUUCUAUCUUUUAUUCUUUUUCGCUUUUCUUUCCUUCCUUACCUUUCUUUCAACAUUUCUCUCUCUCUCUCUCUCUGACAUCGCUCCUUUUAUUUCCUUUCUAAAUUCUUUCUUUUUUCUUUGCCUUCUUUUAUUCUUCUUUCAUUUCUUUUCCAUUCCUUCCUCUCGAGUAUAUCUUUUACAUUUUCCUUUACUUUUCCUUUCCUUUUCUCUCUUCGGCUUCGUUCUUUUUUUUUCCUAUUUUUUUUAUCCCCUUUCAUUUCUUUCUUCUUCUUCUUCUUCUUCUUUCUUAUUCAUUUCUUCUUCUUCCUCUUCUUUCUUCUUCUUUUUUCCUCUUCUUUUUCUUUCUUCUUCCUCUUCUCUCUUUGUUUUUCUUCUUUCUUUCUUUCUUUCUUUCUUUUUCUUCUUCUUCUUAUGA